AUGGCUGACCGUCCAGCGGUUAUUGUUGAUUUGGACGACCAAGAAGGGGGAAAGAAAGCUGCCCAAGAUGAACUGCAAUUUCAAGAUAUUGAUCACAAUGUAACAGGCCGAAUGAAAGAUGAAUUAGAUUUGGAAAAAGGACACACGCAUACAUUCUCCAACUUCCCACAUAGUGCAGAAUCUGAUGAUGAAGAAGGUGGAGACAAAACAGAGUUACUCCGAGAUGAAAAAAGACCACAUCCUUUCUGGAGGUUUGAAUAUUACCAACAAUUUUUUGAUGUGGAUUCUAAUCAAGUAUUCUGGCGCAUUAUGGGCUCCAUGACCCCAAAUCCUCGAAAAAACUUCUUGAAAACCCAAAUCCGACCAAAUCCAGACUUGUAUGGUCCUUUUUGGAUUUGUACAACUCUUGUGUUCACAACAGCCAUUGCUGGAAAUCUUGCCAAUUAUUUUCAAUCAAAAGGACACAGUUAUCAUUGGCAGUAUGAUUUCCAUAAAGUGACAUUUGCUGCUACUGCAAUAUUCAGUUACUGGUGGAUAAUCCCCACAAUGCUUUUUGGAUUGCUUUGGUGGAGAGGCAGUAGUGCAGGAUACAGUUUCCUGGAAAUGAUAAGUGUUUAUGGUUACUCACUGGCCAUUUACAUACCAAUUUCAAUACUCUGGGUUGUGCAAAUCAAUUGGUUCCAGUGGUUACUGGUCAUUAUUGGAGCAUCACUCUCAGGAGGUGUCCUCCUUUUUACUUUUUGGCCAGCUGUCAGAGAAGAUGAAAAAAAGAUUGCUUGGGCAGCAAUGUUCCUUAUAUUGUUAUUUCAUGCUCUGUUGGCCAUUGGAUUUGUGUUGUAUUUCUUCCAUGUACCAGCACCUAUUCCUAACCACACGGGGACCACCACAACUUUGUCACCUGCCAAUGUACCUGCACACUCAAAUCAUCCAGCUCCUUCUGAAUUUUCAUCACCUGCAUUGGUGAACAAAGCACCAAUACCAACCUCUACAAUAAAGUCUACAAAAGCCGUCCAGAAUAAGACAACGCCAUCAACACGAAAGAGAAAUGUUGCUUAA